UGUUGUCUGAUUGUGAGUGUUCUUGAUGCCAUGAACCAAUGAGCCAGGACGACCUUGCCACCCAUUGGCCACCCACAUAGUUACGUGGUUCGUUCUGCUUAGAAAUGUAUAUUGAAAUAUGACACUUCUUUCCGAUCAAUGGAGGUGUCCGAGUCCACCUUGUCGGGAAUGUCUUGCUAGGAAUGCUCCACGGCGCUCCGACGUGCAACCGCCUUGCAUGUAGCACUCCCAAAACAAAGGGGCGGCACAUCAGACUAAUAGCGAUGCUAAGUAUGACUGCUGCAGGGGCACGUGCUAAGAACACAUGCUUUUUCGUUCGCCGGCGCGUGUGGACUGGCACUUUUUUUAUCACUUAUGCAUUGACCAACUUGACAUACUGGCGUGAUUGUUCAGUAGUGAUUUUUGCCUAUUUCCCGCGCUCAUGGGCUGUAGCCUCAGCUCUCAGGUCACGCGUUGAAUCAGGGGUCAUAGUCGACCCUCGAAACGUACCGAGGUCCGACCGACGCACAAACUUCGCGCCGGUAUCGCAGACCAAUCCGCUUCUGAAUAAUGCUCAGAAUGACUGAGUGGUUAAAUAAUUGGCUGCUUGUGCGUGUAGCAAGGGCCUUGGAAAACUCUACCAUUUUUUUUACCUAUAGAACGGUUCCCCUUACCUCACUUGUGUACGCGAGAACUUGAUGUGUCAAGCCUUUACCAGAUCAAAGAAUUCC